CCUCAUUCAACUCCUGCUGCACAGGUUGUGAGGGAGGAGAGAGAUCAGGGGAGGCAACUGCAAGAGACAGGGAGAGAUAGAAAGAUAGACAGAAUACAGGUGGUGAAAGAAAAGAGAAGAUCUGCUUACUUUCAUGUAUUCUCCAAGAGAAGAGGAAGUAGUCAGGGUGUGAAGGAGCGAGGCAGGAGAAGAACAAGAAGUUUUCAGGAGUGGGAAUUACCCAGCAGUGGGAACUUUCUCCAGGGAGGUUUGUAGUGUGAUCUUCAGCAGCGACCCCUUCUCUCCACCGGGAGUCAGACCCCCAGGGAUCCAGAGCCAUGGAGCCGACCGAGAUUGAGGGGGAGCACAAGGAGAGGAAGAAGAUCCACUUUGCCAUGCCAUCCUCUGCAGCACCCAACCUGGACCCUCGGCAAGUGGAGAUGAUCCGGCGCAGGAGGCCCACGCCCGCCACGCUGUUCAGAGUAGCCGACCAAGCGUCUCCUGAGGACGAUCAGUCCACUCAUCAGGUAAAGUGGGUUGUAGGAGAGAACGGAGUGCUCAAACCAAAACGAGUAAAUCCAAACGUGUAUCAGCCUCCAUCACUCAAAGCUGUGCAGAAGAUGGCUGAGGCACAAAUGCUGAAACUAGGUGUCUACCCUCAAUUGGAAGAGCCUUGUGAAGGGGAAGAGGAGGAUGACCAUUGGGAGAGAGAGGACAAGUCUCCCACCAAAGCUGCUGAUCACCAAGAGACGGCCACCACCGGGCAGUCAGACAAGUUCUUCAGUGUGAGCGAGACGGCCAAGCAGAUCCAAGCAGCACAGGAGGAGGAAGAAGAGGAGGAGGAGGAGGAGGAAGAGAAGAAGAGAGACCAAACUGAGGCGACAACAGUGGAGAAAAGUCGGGGGAGUAACUGAGAGCUAGAAAGAGAAAAAGGAGGGAAGUGAAGAUUUGGGGAGAGAAAGAAGUGAUUGUUGUCUGUUUGAACAUGUGGGGUCUGAAAAAUGAGGAGCUGGGCAAACAAAGAUUUCUGUAUGUACUCCACCGGCACAGGGUCAGGUGGAUAAAAGGGAGCACAGAGAGAGCAGGUGUCACAUAUGAGCAGGUGAGGAAUGAUCUUCUGACAGAGCAGACCACAGACGCCACGUCGGCCAAGGUCAACUUGACCAAACCUUCUCUAGAAGCAGACUGGUCUCCUCCUCAAGGCUCCGAGCUCAAUAAUAAUAAUAAAUAUGAUAAACAAAGGCUGUCUGACCAAUUCAAAAGUUCUUGAAGGUCUUUAAAUGAACUGUCACUUCAUUUUACAUCCAACAUUCCCCAUAAGCCCUUUGAUUACAAUGUGCCUGCACUGCCACCCUGUGGUAGAAAGCAGGACUGGCAACCAUUAAGUGGAGAUCGAGCCUAAAACAACGUUCACAAAACUACUUAAAGUUUGAAUCCUUAGUGUUUUCACCUCGUUCUUGCAAUAAAAUUGUUGAUUUGUCCACGACUGAUACAGGAAAUGAUGCAGUUUGUAAUCCAGCUGUUUCUCUCAUCACUAUCAUCUUCACUGUUUACCUUACGAAGAUUUAUUCAGUAAAAAAACUAAAACAAUAAUGACAUUUUGUAAAACAUAAAAGGCCUCAAACCAUUUAUCAUACUCUAUUUCUGCAUUGACAAAUAAAAUAUUUUACCAAUUUACCAAUUUAAUGAAAUUAGUAACGCAAAAGUAUUUGUUUUUUUUCUUAUUAAAAUCAUCAGUUAUGUUAGUGUGACUUGUUAUCUCCUUUUUGUCAGUGUGUUCUAUUCUUCCAUCAUAUAAAAAGAUAGACAUAAAAUAUUUGGGUGGAGAAUCGCUUUAUAAAUGACCCAACACUGAUAUGUAUGUCUAUAAUUAUCAAGCAAUGAGCAUGAGUGUGUUGUCAUGUCGUACCACACUUUUCAUUUUGAAGCUACACUUAGAACAAAGAGGCAAUUUAAAGGGCAAAGCUACCUCCAGUUUGUUUAAAAUAUGGUUUCCUGUUGUGUCCUCCACGCCUCCACUGAACUGACGCCCUGAUCAUUUAUCCAAAAAAUGUCAUUUGAAAUCUUUUUUGCAUGUUAACACUUUUCUAUCGUCACCUUGCUCAUGAUUUGUGUCAUGAGAAUGUUGUAAGAGCUAUUUUUCUAAUCUGACAUUGCUCAGCUCUGUCCUGUUGCUCUACUGUCUGUAGAAGAGCCUCGAACCAGACACUGCACAAACCCUCUGUUUCUCUUUCUAACUUGGUCUUUCUCUUUCUCGCUCAUGUUUUGGAGUCAAUGAUUAUCAUAAAUGUUUUUAUUUAGUAUCUGUCUAAUUUAAUUUGAAAUGAUCUGAAGUAAUAAGGCUCCGUAUAUUUAAGAAGGUUUCCUGUCAUGUCCCAGGAUGAAUAAAUCUUGCUGUUUGUAUCAUCUGGGCGAGUGUUUGUAUAUAAAAAAACCAGUGUGACACUUUUUUAACCUCUGACCUGCAAAAACUGUGGGAUGAGCAUGUGUGUGUGUGUGUGUGUGUGUGUGUGCUGAGGCUCUGACGCAGCCGACGCUGUCCUCCUCCACCUCCUCUAUCUCCUCCGUCAGAAGUAAACGGCUGUGGAAAGACGUUGUAUGAACUCUUAAUUAUUUUUCUGUCUCUUUUUUGUUCUUUUACUUUUCCACUCUCUCUUUUCUCAAUGUGAUGUGAUUGUUUUAACGUGAGCAGCAAUAUGGUAUCAAAAAUAAACCCGUUUUUUCCUUUUUCUCCUUUAA